GGAUAAGCUUCGGGACCGAAAAGGGAAAGUAGGGUUAGGGUAACCGCGCACGGCCUUAGUCAUCGAUGCACCUUUGCUAAGCGAGAAAUCCUCAAAUUGACAUCGUCUCAUUCUGCCCGCGAACUCCCAGCCGAUCGUCAGCCAGCAACAAACGGAAAACCGCAACCAUGCAGAUUUUCGUCAAGACCCUGACGGGUAAGACCAUUACCCUCGAAGUCGAGUCGAGCGACACCAUCGACAACGUCAAGUCCAAGAUCCAGGACAAGGAGGGCAUCCCCCCUGACCAGCAGCGUCUGAUCUUCGCUGGCAAGCAGCUUGAGGAUGGCCGUACCCUGAGCGACUACAACAUCCAGAAGGUACGGAAUUACCCUAGGAAUUGGGAAGGAUCAGAUGGGAUAUAUGAUUGGAUGGGCAGUUUCCACGGUCGCAUGGGGUUUGAAACAACCGGACCUAUCGUGUUAUACCUGGGGAAACCGCAUCGUUAUCAUGAAAGAGACGGAAUUUCGGCGUCUAGAUCGGACGAUGUUUUACAUUGGAUUUGAGACCAUUGGCUGACCACUCCAAUAGGAGUCCACUCUCCACCUGGUGCUCCGCCUGCGUGGUGGUAUCAUCGAGCCCUCGCUCAAGGCCCUCGCCUCCAAGUACAACUGCGAGAAGAACAUCUGCCGCAAGUGCUACGCCCGUCUUCCCCCCCGUGCCACCAACUGCCGUAAGAAGAA